UUAUACAUUUUUAUACCAGUUUCACGCGUUUGACAUUAUUCAUCGAGACGUCAACUAUUUCUGUCCCAUUCUAAUUCUUUUUCCGGUCUGCCAUUGGGAUCGAAAGUGAACACAUUUCACUGAAUCAUGGGCAAGAUUAUGAAGCAAGGGAAGGUAGUACUCGUCCUUGGAGGACGGUACGCCGGUCGAAAGGCGAUCAUCUUGAAAACGUUCGACGACGGCACCUCAGACAAGCAGUUCGGACAUGCUCUCGUUGCCGGCAUCGAUCGGUAUCCACGUCGUGUAACCCGUCGUAUGAGCAAGGCCCGCAUUCAUAAGCGCUCCAAGAUAAAGCCGUUCGUCAAGGUUCUGAACUACAAUCACCUAAUGCCAACGCGUUACAGCGUACCGGACGUUAGCCUGGACACUAAAUAUUCGGCCAAGGACCUGAAAGAUCCAGCCAAACGCAAGAAGGCUCGUUUCCAGAUUCGUGUCAAGUUUGAAGACAGGCAUAAAUCGGGCAAGAACAAGUGGUUCUUCCAGAAGCUGCGAUUCUGAACAUACCGUAUAUGUUUGAACGUUAAGUGAAUAAGAGUUGAAGGAUGCUGUGUAAUAAAAGCGAUGAGAAAAAAUUAUAAA